CUUUUCUACGAUAUAAAUAGAUAGAUGGAUAAAUAAGGCCUGUGCUUUCAUUUGUCUGACAGAAGGGCUUCACCAGUUCUGCUCGUUUUGACGACUACUAGUAUGAUUAACCUUUCAUCUCUCAAACCCACCCUCUUUCUCUUUUUUUUAUUUUCACUGUUUCUUCACCUCGCCACUGCUUCUAAUGCUCCGUACCAGCCAUCUGAUCUUAUCCUUCUUGACUGUGGCUCCUCGGAGAAUACCACCGUUGAUCGCCGCCAAUGGACUGGAGACUUGGAAUCGAAAUUCGGUCCUCUGGAACCAUCUUACAAAAAAUCAGUAUAUUCUACGGCCCUUAUCCAAGGCGAUUCCCAGGUCCCUUACACGACUGCUCGCCUAUCUGGAUCCCCGUUCACGUACACUUUUCCUGUCACCGCCGGCCAAAAAUUUGUCCGCCUCUACUUCUACCCUGCUCGAUACCAAGGUUUUGACAGGUCUAAGGACUUCUUCGAUGUCAAAGCGGGGCCUUACACUUUACUCAGGAAUUUCAGUGCUACUUUUUAUGCUCGUGGUUGGAACACUAGCACCUUCAUUAAAGAAUACUGCAUAAAUGUUGAGAAGGACCAGCAACUGAAUAUAACGUUCGCUCCCUCUGUAGGAAGUUCAAAUGGCUCGUACGCUUUCAUUAAUGGAAUAGAGAUUGUAUCAAUGCCGACCAAUCUUUACUACACUCCACCGGCUGGCCUAGGCCUCAAUUAUGUUGGCCAAAAGUGGCGGUUCUAUCUCCGAAAUGACACCGCUCUCGAGAAGAUGUACAGGUUUAAUGUUGGAGGCGGCGCCAUAUUACCAGUAAAAGAUAAUGGCAUGUUUAGAUUAUGGGAGGACGAUAUUCAUUUUUUGGCUUGGGCUGGUGUCGUUUACAGAGAAUUGAAUUUUUCUCCCAAUUAUUCAAAAAUAUCACGCUACACAGCACCAGAUGAUAUCUACAGGACUGCUCGAUCAUUAGGACCAAAAAAAACAUACAACUUGUUGAGAAAUUUGACGUGGGUGGUGUCUGUCGAUCAAGGAUUUAUGUAUCUGAUAAGGCUCCAUUUUUGCGAAUUUCUUGAGCAUGUCAUUACAAGAGUGAAUGAUAGGCGAUUCAGUAUCUUCAUAGACAAUCAGACUGCUCAAUUGGACUUUGAUGUUUUUGAAUCAAGCGGCGGCAUACGGAUUCCCAUCUACAAUGACUACAUGAUAGUCGUUGGGAGUAAAGAAGAGACUGACGAUUAUUAUCUUUACAUAUCUCUUCAUCCUAAUGCGUCUUAUUACGAUGAUGUUAUCUUGAACGGGAUGGAAGUUUUCAAGUUGAACGACUCUGAGGGCAGUCUUGCCUUUCCGAAUUAUGUCCCUCCAGCUCCAGCACCAGAACCAGCAUCGCCUCAGUUAUGGCUACCAACCAAGAAGUCCAGCAACAAGAAAACGUUAUUGAUUGCUGUUGGUGGGAGUGUUAUGGGAUUGCUCACAAUACUUUCUUUGUUUUGGUACAUAUAUAUUCGGCAACAGAGAAAGAGGAAGCAUAAUGGUUCUUACCAUAAAUCAUUAAGCUGUUGGCGGUGGUUGAACCCUUCUACAGGGCUGUCAUCAAGGACAAAAGCUUCUUCACUGCCGAAAGAACUAUGCCGCCACUUUUCACUAGUUGACAUUAAAGCCGCAACAAACAACUUCCAUGAGAGCUUGGUCAUCGGUGUCGGUGGCUUUGGCAAUGUUUACAGAGGUGAUCUUGAUGACGGAGCCAUGGUCGUAGCCGUCAAGCGCUUGAAUCCAGAGUCCAGCCAAGGUGCCCAAGAAUUCAAGACAGAGAUUGAGAUGCUGUCCCAGCUCCGUGAUACGGUGCUAUGA